CCUGUGGCCCCCAUCCCUUCGUUCUGGAAGGGGGUCCCUGUCCUACGGCCCCCGGCCCUCCAGGAAGGGAGCGCUCCAGGGUAGUCGAGGGCCGGCGGUAGCGGGAUUUCGGGGCUCCUCGGACCCUGCUGCGGGAGUCCAAGGUCAGCUGUGACUGGACCCAGGGGCUUCCUGGUCUCAUUUUCCCCCACAGGCUGUGCCCAACCCAGGGCUUUUGCAUGUUUACAUUUGGUGCGUGCUGUAAAGAGGACGGUGUGGAAGAGAGACAGCCUUCCCCCAGUACCCAGUGCCUCCUAGAAGCCAGAAUCUCCCAGCCGUCCAGGAUGGUCUCCAAAGUCUCCUCCCCCACUCUGCUGGAGGCUCUGAGCAGCGAUUUCCUAGCCUGUAAAAUCUGCCUGGAGCAGUUACACUUGCCCAAGACGCUGCCAUGUCUACAUACCUAUUGCCAGGACUGCUUGGCCCAACUGGACAUUGGUGGCCAGGUCCGCUGCCCUGAGUGUCGGGAGACUGUACCUGUACCACCCGAGGGUGUGGCCGCCUUCAAGACCAACUUCUUUGUCAAUGGGCUCUUGGACCUUGUCAAGGCCAGGGCUUCUGGAGACGCGCAUUCGGGGAAGCCAACGUGCGCUCUGUGCCCUCUGGUGGGAGGUAAGAGCUCUGGGGGACCCGCCACUGCCCGAUGCCUGGACUGUGCAGAUGACUUAUGCCAGGCCUGUGCCGACGGGCAUCGCUGCUCCCGCCAGACUCAUAAGCACCGCGUAGUGGACUUGGUGGGCUACAGAGCCGGGUGGUAUGAUGAAGAGGCUCGCGAGCGCCAGGCAUCCCAGUGUCCCCAGCACCCAGGGGAAGCCCUCUGCUUCCUAUGCCAACCGUGUUCCCAGCUGCUCUGUAAGGACUGCCGUCUGGGGCCCCAUCUGGAUCACCCCUGCUUGCCCCUGGCGGAGGCUGUGCGGUCCCGGAAACCGGGCCUUGAGGAGUUAUUGGCAGGUGUGGACAGCAAUCUGGUGGAGCUAGAGGCUACCCGGGUAGCAGAAAAGGAAGCCUUAGCCCAGCUGCGAGAGCAGGCAGCCAGUGUGGGGGCGCAGGUAGAAGAGGCCGCUGAACGGAUCCUCAAGUCCCUGCUGACCCAGAAGCAGGAAGUCUUGGGACAACUCCGGGCCCAUGUGGAGGCUGCUGAGGAGGCUACCAGGGAGAGGCUGACCAAGAUAGAGGGCCAGGAGCAAGUGGCCAAGGCGGCUGCUGCCUUUGCCCGCCGAGUGCUCAGCCUGGGUCUGGAAGCCGAGAUCCUGUCGCUGGAGGGAGCGAUCACACAGCGCCUGCGCCAGCUUCAAGAUUCUCCCUGGACACCCGGGCCUACCCGCUGCGUGCUGCCCAAGCUGGAGCUUUACCCUGGGCUCCAGGACAAGAACUGCCACCUGCUUCGACUCUCCUUUGAGGAGCAGAAACAAUCCCAGAAGGACUCUGAGAAGGGCGGAGCUGGUACCCAAGGAGGAGAUGACUCUCAGAGCCAAGGGGAGGAGAGAACCAAGACAGGGAAGCAGGCUGGUGCCCAGUCCUUGUGUAAGGAUGGAGCCCCAACUCCCAAAGAAGGCAAGGCCCAGAACUCCCAAGAAGAUGAUGAUGUCCAAAUCGAAAGGGGCAACAGAUCUAACAAGAAGAAGAAGUGCAAAGGCAGGGGCAAGCCCAUUUCUCGGGAGCCCAGCCCCAUCCUGAGGCCAAACCUAGAAGGUUCAGGCCUCCUCCCUCGGCCCGUUUUCUCCUGGAGUUUCCCCACGAGGAUGCCGGGAGACAAACGUUCCCCGCGGAUCACCGGACUCUGCCCCUAUGGCCCCCAGGAGAUCUUGGUGGCGGAUGAGCAGAACAGGGUCUUGAAACGCUUCUCUCUUAAUGGCGACUAUAAGGGCACCGUGCCGGUUCCCGAGGGUUGCUCCCCGUGCAGUGUGGCUGCCCUACAGAAUGCAGUGGCUUUCUCCGCCAAUGCCAGGCUCUACCUCGUCAGUCCUGAGGGAGAAGUUCAAUGGCGAAGAUCCCUGAGCCUCACCCAGUCCAGCCACGCUGUGGCCGCGAUGCCGUGUGGAGACCGCGUAGCGGUCAGUGUGGCGGGCCACGUGGAGGUAUACAAGAAGGAAGGCAGCCUGGCUACGCGGUUUAUCCCAGGAGGCAAGGCUAGCCGGGGCCAGCGGGCCCUGGUGUUCCUGACCACCAGCCCUCAGGGCGAUUUCGUCGGGUCAGAUUGGCAGCAGAACAGUGUGGUUUUCUGUGAUGGGCUAGGCCAGGUGAUCUGGGAAUACAAGGGCCCGGGUUUACAUGGCUGCCAGCCAGGUUCUGUGUCUGUGGAUAAGAAAGGCUUCAUAUUCCUGACCCUUCGAGAGGUGAACAAGGUGGUGAUCCUGGAUCCCAAGGGGUCACUUCUCGGUGACUUCCUCACAGCGUAUCACGGCCUGGAAAAGCCCCGGGUGACCACCAUGGUAGACGGCAAAUAUCUGGUGGUGUCCCUCAGUAACGGGACUAUCCAUGUGUUUAGGGUCAGGUUUCCUGACAGUUAGAGGGGCUUAGGGCUGCGCUGGGAGGGCAGCUGGGGAGGGAGGGCACCCAUGGGAUGAUGUGGCCAAGGCUGUUUUCCCAGCUGGCAAAAUGCUUGCUCCUUUUGUGAUGUAUGGGGAGAAGGGACACCAAGGGGGGUGGUGGUGUGACCAUAACCUCAGGAGCACGCAGCAGGUGCCAGAAGUCAACCCAACUGCUUCCUUUGGAGUGACUCCUGCCGCUGCGGCUCCGCUGUAUAGUUUAGGUGUCUUGAGAUUUAUAAGCGAUUCUUGAUCUGUAUUCUUCAAAACCAUUCCUGGGAUGGGGUCACGAAUCCUCUGUAGAGCACUUGCCUAGAAAUCACAAAUGAGGCUGGGGGCGUGGGUAUGGCUCCAUAGUAGAGUGCCUAUCUAGAGUCUACUAGUGAGGAGUGGAGGCGUGGCUCAGUGGGAGAUCCCCUGCCUAGAAUCCCCCAGUAAGGGACUGGGGUGUGGC